CCUCCUGGCCACCCAGAACCCUAUAAAUAAUUCGUCUUCUCCUGUCUUUCUCACUACCCAGUUUUUAAGGCAGCAGGAAGCCAGCUGAGGAGGCUACAAGAGGACCUGAAGAGAAGGGGAGAAAGGAAAGGAGAAAAGGGCAAAGAGGAGAAAGAAGAAGAAGGAGAAAGAGAAGAAGAAGGAAGAACACCAUGGCUAGUGAAUUAAAGAAGAAAGCGUUCUGGAGAGCUGUCGUGGCCGAAUUUUUGGCCAUGAGCCUCUUCAUCUUCAUCAGCAUCGGCUCAGCUCUGGGUUUCCAAUUCCCCGUGAUGGCCAACAAGACCAUCACGCCCAUUCAAGACAACGUGAAGGUCUCCUUGGCUUUUGGCAUCUCCAUUGCCACCAUGGCCCAAAGCGUGGGCCACAUUAGCGGAGCUCACUUGAACCCGGCCGUGACCUUGGGUCUCCUGCUCAGCUGCCAAAUCAGCAUUCUCCGGGCAGUCAUGUACAUCGUGGCGCAGUGCUUGGGCGCUGUGGUGGGCACUGCCAUCCUUUCUGGCAUCACAUCCAAUCUGGAAGGCAACUUGUUGGGACUCAACCAGUUGGCAAAGGGGGUGAAUGCUGGUCAAGGCCUGGGCAUCGAAAUCAUUGCAACGCUGCAGCUGGUGCUUUGUGUGCUCGCCACAACGGACAAGAGGCGAACGGACGUCUCCGGAUCAGCACCACUGGCCAUCGGUCUUUCCGUAGCCUUGGGUCAUCUACUGGCGAUUGAUUACACCGGUUGCGGCAUUAACCCAGCACGCUCUUUCGGCUCUGCUCUGGUGACCACUAACUUUGUCGACCACUGGGUCUUCUGGGUUGGCCCCUUUUUGGGGGGUGUCAUCGCAGCUCUCAUCUACGACUUCAUCCUGGCACCCCGGAGCAGCGAGAUCAGGGAGCGCAUAAAAAUUUGGACCACCGGAAAUGUGGAAGAAUACGAACUGGACGCCGACGACUCGCGAGUAGAGAUGAAACCGAAAUAAAGGGAAGAGGGGACUGGGAAAACGAAGGCACCCAUUUCUGAAAACGUGCGCUCUCUCUCUCUCUCUCUCUCUCUCUCUCUCUCUUUUUUUACACCUGCAUCUGUUUGAUCAGUAUUAUAGACUCUAAAACAACCUGCCAUUUUUCCAAAUGUCUUUUUUUUUUUGGUGUAAGCCACGAUGAUUUUCCUUCUUUCUGUGUUUUUUAUUUUUUAUUUCCUCCCCAAAUUUCUAAACUGGGGGUGGGGAUCAUUUUGGGAGAAUUGAAGGGAGAUGUUUCUGGAGGCUGGUAUUUUUGUUCUGGAGCCAAAGGGAUAGGUGCCUUUGGGGGAAAAAAAUAGAUCGUUUUUGUAUUAUUUCAGCCCAGGAAGAGUUUGCCUGCAGCAGGGAAUAAAUAUGGAAAUAUAUCAUCCAGAGAGAAAGAAAAAAGAUCUUAGUCUAAGACCCAGAAAUUUGAUGGAAGAAAAUAAAUUUGGUAGAGUUGUAUUUAAGUACAAUGACAAUAAAGAUGAUACUUACUUAGAGAAUCUGGGCCAUUUGGAGAUAUUAGGAAAAUAAACAUUUCCCCCCCCCAUUGGUAGAGAGUAGAAUACACACACACACACACACACACACACACAAACACACACACACACAUGUUUUGAUUCUAUGCCCUCAAAUGAGCGUUGACUCAUAAUAGCGACAUUAUAGAGCCAUGCUCCUCAGCUUCCGCAACUAUAAGCUGGGUGGACUUCCACUCCCAGAAUUCCGCAGCUGAGAGUUGAAGUCCAUACCAGUUAAAGCACGUGGGGUGAGGGAAUUCUGGGAGUUGAAGUCCACUCAUUGAAGUCCACUCAUCUUAAAAGUCACCAAAUUUCACAAAGGCGGACAUACAAUAGGUAGGCCUUCCCCAGGAUGAUGGUGCAGAUACCACUCCUAGAAUCACUGAAUGUCCAACCCACUGCCCAAUGCAGGAAGCGCUACUAUGGCAUUCCAGAGAGAUGCCUUUUCCUGUCAAAGCAACUCCAGGUAUCCAAUCACCACCCAAGGCAUCCUAUUUGAUUGUUGAUGGCCUCUUAUCUUUAGAAAGGUCUCUUGCCAUGGGGGAGACCUCAACUGACGUCAUCGGGACCAACUAACUAAUCAGAUUCCUUAAGGCAAUGAAGUCCUUCCCCAUUCAGGAGCAGGUCCAGCUUCACUGGUUACCAGUUUCUGGAAACAGGGGCCCUAGAAUAUCAAAUAUCGUAA